UGCUGUUUGGCUCUUGGGAUUUGGCUCUGACUUGGGACAAAUCAGAAUCACUUGUCCUCCUGUGACUGAGGUUGUUCUCUGAAAAGCCUUAAACACGGUACUUAAGAAAAUAGACUGGGAGUGCAAUCAAGAUCUAAGAGCAAGUUCUGUUGUUCAUCCGUGGCCUCACUACCUCAUGCAAGAACGAGUUUAUCCGUUGCAGUUUCCUUGCAGCUGUCCUGUGCUGGGUUGGGUAGGAUGACCCACAGGAAAUAAUGGUGACUACACAGAGCUGAAGGCGAUUGCCCAAUUACUCUUCAGACCGGAUCAGACUCCUCGGUGGAAAUGGUGUUGAAGAACCGUGCUCUGGAGGAGCUCUCACUUCCCACUUGGUGCAGUUCUAGAGGGAUGCAAAGCACUAAAGACUAUGUUGAUACACCAAGAGGAGCAACUGGGUGGUUUGGCCCAAACCCUCUCAAGAAAGACAUCAUCCAAGAAGACCAAACAAACAACCUCAAGAUCUUCUUGAAGGGGGAGCCCCAAAUACUGGGGGUGGCUCAGAUCCUUAUUGGUGUGAUGAAAGUGUGUCUAUUUGCUCUAAUUCUGUGUUUUCAUUCUCCUGGCAUUUACUACUACUGGUGUCAUCCUUUAACCAUGGUCUCAGGAUAUCCUAUAUGGGGAUCCUUAUUUUUCUUCUUUUCUGGAGCUGUGUCUAUUGCAGCUGGAAGAAAAAUGACAUUGAACCUGAUCAAAGGCAGCCUGGGAAUGAACAUGCUCAGUGCCGUUACAGGAAUGAUAGGGAUACUCAUGUUAAUAGUAGAACUGAGUAAUAUGCUUGGAACAGAGAAGAGGUGUCUUAUUCUUAGGAUAUUUGAGAUUAUGACAUUAGUCCUCUCCCUACUGGAAGUCAGCAUCGCUAUCUCUAUCUCUGUAUUUGGGGGAAAGGUGACCUGCUUUGUCACCCAGGUGGUGGUUAUCCAGUCAACCAAUGACAAGGUGUCUUCAGCAAUAGACUCUCAUGAACAUGUUUACGAGGAGCUGGAGUUUGAAUAGAAUAAAUUCCUGCCUUUGAAAAUAUUAUCCAUUGUGCAUCUCUUCACCUUCCAAGAAGUGUUCUUAUCUGUGCAUGGGAGCAUAGUUAUUACAAAACCAAAUAAAUGCAUUUUUCCCUCUA